AUGAAUUACGAGUCAAACAAUUCAAAGUGCCGUUUCACCAAACUGUUGAUCGAUUAUCCAGAAUUAAAUGGUCACUGCGGUUCAGAGAUGCAAACUACUUCUCGACGCACGAUUUCGACGAUGGUUUUGCUCCAGAGUACAUACACUCGAUCUGCGGAGUACGUACCUCUAAUAAAAGUACACGUUUACGGUCCUGAUUAUAUUAUAUUUUUAUCGAUGAACAGACAGAUGGACGGACGACUGGACGUGACGAAACAAACGCGGAAAGAACAAAACAAAUAA